CACCACACACCAGCUCUGGGUGCAAACUCAGAAGGGGUGUUGGGGAAAUUGAAAGGCGUCCUAAAAGGGCCAACAAGGAUUCCAUCAUCAUAAGAUAGCUCCGAGAAUGGGAAAAUCAGAGAGCCAAAUGGAUAUCAUGGAGAAAACCAAUAAACCUAGAAAGCAUCGCUGGACCGUCGUGGAGAUCGGAUUGUCCAUUAUUGUGCUUCUCAUGAGCUGUGCUCUGGCUGGACUCAUCGUGCUCUACACUUCAGCUGUGAGAGAGCGCUUUAACAGAAACGAUUCUUCAAAAGGGCUGAAAUAUCGAUCAAACUCUGACAGCAAUGUCUGUACAACCCCAGAGUGUGUGACUGCUGCAGCACGAUUGCUCCAGAACAUGGAUCCCAGCGUGGAGCCAUGCCAGAACUUUUAUCAAUACGCCUGUGGAGGCUGGAUCGAGCGUCACGUCAUCCCAGAGACCAGCUCACUCCACAGCGUAUUCAACAUCCUGAGAGACGAGCUGGAGAUAGUGCUCAAGGGAGUUCUUGAAAUGGAAAGUAAGAGUGAUAGAGAGGCCUUCAAGAAAGCCAAAACACUUUACAGUUCAUGCAUGAAUGAGAAUUUGAUUGAGCAGCGGGACUCGCAGCCUCUUCUCAGACUCAUCGACAGUAUUGGUGACUGGCCCGUUGCCUCUGAGGUCUGGAACAGCACAUCAGAGGAAGCAUGGAGCCUGGAGGACAAGCUGGCCAUUCUGAAUGCCCGGUACAGUAAGAAGGCUGUGCUCGAGAUGUUUGUAUGGCCAGAUGACCGCGACUCUAGCCGCUACAUUAUCCAUGUUGACCAGCCAGCACUUGGCAUGCCUUCAAGAGAUUAUUACCUCAGUGAUGGAAACUAUAAGAAGAAGGUGCGUGAGGCCUACCUGGAGUUCAUGGUUUCCAUGGCGAGGAUAGUGCGAGAAGACCGGAACUUGACCCAAGAUGAAGAGCGCGUGUGGGAGGAGAUGAUUCAAGUGUUGGAGUUGGAGACGGACAUUGCUAACGCUACCUCACCUGCAGAAGAACGCAAUGACAUCACUGUGCUGUACAAUAAAAUGACACUGACAGAGGUGCAGCAAACGUUCAACCUCAAUGGCUUUAACUGGACACGCUACAUCCAAGGUAUCAUGUCCAGUGUUUUGAUUACAGUGCAACCAGAAGAACCCAUCGUCGUGUACUGCUCACCAUAUCUCGAGAAGCUCACUGAUGUUCUCUCUAAACACAGUCACAGGACUCUGCAGAACUAUCUGUCCUGGAUGCUCAUCAUGGAGCGGGUGAGCAGUCUGAGCCGUCGCUUCAAAGAUGUGAGAGCGCACUACAGAAAGGCUUUGCAUGGCACUACAGUAGAGGAGGCGAGAUGGAGAGAUUGUGUACGUUACGUUCAGGGCAACAUGGAAAACGCGGUUGGGGCUCUGUAUGUACGGGAAACAUUCUCUGGAAACAGCAAACGCAUGGUGGGUAAUCUGAUUAGACAGAUUCAAGAGGCUUACGUAGAGACGCUGGAAGAGUUGAGCUGGAUGGAUGAACAGUCCAAGGAAAAAGCCAGAGAGAAGGCUAUGGCGAUAUCAGAACAGAUUGGUUAUCCUGACCACAUCCUUGAGGAGCAGAAUCAGAAACUGGAUGAGGAAUACACUCAUCUUAAUUUCAGUGAGGAAAACUACUUUGAAAAUAUUCUGGAAAAUUUAGCAGCAUCAGCCCAGAAAGGUCACAAAAAGCUGAGGGAUCCCGUCGACCCUGAUAUGUGGAUUAUUGGUGCCGCAGUGGUCAACGCAUUCUACUCGCACAACAGAAAUCAGAUUGUAUUUCCUGCUGGGAUCCUACAGCCUCCAUUCUUCAGUGAGAAACAGCUGCAGGCUCUAAACUUUGGUGGAAUUGGGAUGGUGAUAGGACAUGAAAUCACUCAUGGAUUUGAUGACCAUGGCCGGAAUUUCGACAAGGAUGGGAACAUGUACAAUUGGUGGAGCAACUAUUCUGCCGAGCACUUUGAAGAUCAAUCUAAAUGCAUGGUGGAACAGUAUGGCAAAUUUAGCUGGAAACUUGCAGGAGGCCAAAAUGUCAGUGGCAUCACAACAUUAGGAGAGAAUAUUGCUGACAACGGUGGAGUUCGUCAAGCGUAUAAGGCAUAUAUGAAGUGGGUGCAGAGAGAGGGUGAAGAGUACCAUCUGCCUGGACUGGACAUGAAUCAUAAACAGCUGUUUUUUCUGAACUUUGCCCAGGUCUGGUGUGGUGCCUGCCGCCCUGAAUACGCCAUACAGUCGAUCAAAACCGAUCCGCACAGUCCGUUGGAAUACAGGGUACUUGGGUCCCUCCAGAACUUUGAAGCGUUUUCCGAAGCUUUCCACUGUGAACGAGGAACCCCCAUGAACCCAGAGGAGAAAUGUAGAGUGUGGUAACUUUGCGUAGGAAGAACCUGAGGCUGUGUAUAUUUAACUAAUAAGGCAGCAAUUAAAAGAGCUUGGAUCAUAUUAUGUUGUGCUAUUAUUCUGCAGUGGAAGCUGCCUGUCUCUUAGUCUGAUCAUGUGACAGACGCAACCAAGGUGUGAUUACAAAGAUGUAUACUGUGAACUUUCAAAAGUGCACAUAUAACCAACGACUUCAGGCAUAGUGAAUGUGCACAUUGAGGGUGGUGUUUUGAAAAAGAGGCAUGCUUUUUCGUCUAUUUAAAGGUGUUUUUUUUUUAAGUUAAAAUACUUUCUCAUAUCCCAUCUAAAUAUGGAGAAAUAACAACAGUAUAAGCAAGCCAUUUGUUGGUUCAUUUCCCCCAAAAGUGUAAAACACUUUUUGAGCAUCGCAACUAGUCUGACACAGCAACACUGACUCAACCAAUGAGAUCAGUUUGGGGCAGCUUUAUGUGUUUGGUUGACCAAUUGCAGAUUGGGAUAGUGUUCGUAAAACCUGUUUGAAAACAAGAAAAAUCUUGAUUUUUGCAAUUUUGUCUUAUUUACAGGUUUCUUCUUACAUUGGAUUAAUUUUGGCAUUAAAAUAUGUGUAUACAAUAGUUGAAUUGAAUUGACAUUGAGCAAAAACAAGUUAUUUUUCCACUUUAUGUAAACAGACAAGUCCCUCAGUUGGCUUUCGAUUCUGUCAGCUCUCCAAGAAAAUAUCCGUUGUGCUUGACAUUUUCCAAAAUCGGCCAGCAACUGGAGGCUUGGAAGCCCACAUAGAUUGCGGUUUGAAUAGAACCCAGUCAAGGCAACGUCUUUCAUUUUACAAUAAACAACCUUGAAAUAUUUUGAUGAUGGAAUGAGAUUUUUUGCUUUUUAAGCAUGCAGUGAGAAAAUCAGCAAAAUAGACAGUUCUUGUUGAGUACUGUUUUCCAGAAAUUGGAUAUAUAUGUGCUUGCUACGUUUCACUCAAGAAUCUGUAUUUCUAAACGAGGGCUUAACGUUAUGUAAACGGGCCUGUUUUGCAUCUCUAACAAUUAUCUGACAACCUUAAGACUGUUAAAACCAUAUAGUUUCAAGCUUUAUGUGUUUUUGUGUGCAUAGAUCCAAUUUAUUGCUGCCUUGCAAUACUUCUCUUUAAAACGUUACACCACAUAGAAAAUGGCAUGAAGUUACCACAAUACAGGAACAAAAUAGUUAGAACAGGUUUCCAAGAACCGAGACUGUUUACAGUAAUAAUUGCUACUGUAUAUACAAGCUGUUUAACAUCUUUGCUCAGUUAACUAUUGACGUCUUACUGUAUCUUAUUAAGCAUGUUAAAUGAUUAGAAUCAGAC